AUGUCGCUCCAUCGUGUGGGGUCUCUCGAAACCUUCCAGAUUUUGCCCCAUGCCCCAGGUUCACGACGCGGUAGUGAUGCCUCCAGUAUACGUGCAAGGAAGCUGAGUUUCAAUCCGCUGCCAGACGAAUGGGAUCCUCCGGCCUCCAAGUCCGAUGUCGUACAAGCUGUGUCUGGCUUUGAGGUGCCGCAAUGGAAACGGAUCCCCGGCGUUGUCUUUGGAUAUGCCGCACUGAAACCGGUGCUGAAAGCAGAGGGUGCCUACCGAGAUGUUUGCUACGGCGAUGAGCCUGGUCCAACGCACGGAGACACUUGUGUUGAGAUACAUUUGAACCUCAUGUUCACUGUAGCUGCCGUUGCUACUAAUGUAGCGGCGCUGCCUGUGGGCGCCAUUCUCGACCACUACGGUCCGCGCGUGUGCGGUAUUGCUGGUAGCAUCUUCCUCGCAUCUGGCUCUCUCCUCAUGGCCUAUGCCGACGAGGUCUCAUUUGACGGAUUUCUGUUGGGCUAUCUGCUCCUCGCACUUGGAGGGCCCUUCACCUUCAUCUCAUCCUUCCAGCUCUCCAACGCAUUUCCACGCCACUCUGGCCUUAUCCUCGCCCUGCUGACGGGCGCCUUCGACUCAUCCAGCGCCCUGUUCCUUGCCUACCGCCUCAUUUUCCAGGCUACCGACGGGUCCUUUGGCUACCGCCAAUUCUUCCUCGCCUACCUCGUCGUACCCGCUUUCAUACUGGUCGUACAAAUGACCCUGAUGCCCAAACAGUCUUAUAAGACAAUGGGUGAUCUUGCUGAGCAGGCAGACCAGAUGGAAGCUGCCAUUGAAAGAGAUGACACUUUGGAUGACCAGAUCGACGAGAACACUGCUCUCCUCCGCGAGGAACAGCGCUCUCACCGCCAGACCGUUCUGGACGACACUCAGGAGUUGAUCGGUCCCCAGGGCGCGGAUGAACAGGCCCGGCGCGAGGAGAAGAAGAAUUCCAUAUCUGGAGUCUGGGGCGUCAUGCACGCCAACACAUCUUUGCAACAGAUUGCAUCGCCCUGGUUCGUCCUCAUCUGUCUCUUCACUGUCAUUCAGAUGACGCGCAUCAACUACUUUGUCGCCACGAUCCGAGCUCAGUACGAACCAUCUUCGGCAAUGUCGAGCAAGCCAUGGAAGUGAACAACUUCUAGAUGUCGCCUUGCCCGUGGCGAAUCUUCUCGAUCCCCUUCAUCGGUCUAUUCCUUGAUCAUACAAGUACCUUCAUCGUCCUCGCCGUCCUCGUCACCAUUGCAACUGCCAUUGGGGUCCUGGGCAUCCUACCUUACACGUGGGCUGCCUACACCGGCAUCUGCCUCUUUGUACUAUACCGCCCAUUUUACUACACGGCCGUAUCCGACUACAGCGCCAAGGUCUUUGGCUUCCGAACCUUCGGCACCGUCUAUGGCACCAUCAUCUGCCUCUCUGGUUUACUGAAUUUCUCCCAGUCGGGCCUGGACUAUCUGUUUCACCAGACUUUCCAAGGGGAUCCGGUGCCCGUCAACGUCAUACUCUUGUCUGCUGGCUUUGCGGUCGGUAUUUUGCUGGUUGGAUUCGUGGGUGUCCGGACUAGAGGGUUGCGGCGCAAGGUACUGGAGAUUGAGGCCGAAAAUGCGGUACAGGGGCACUAGAAGUCGCCACACAAGCCUCACUCUUUGUGUCUAGUUGAUUUCCCCUGGAAGGGGACGUGGGAUUAUUCUGAGCAUUUCCAUCAUCAGUCUGAGUCUCUCAUCAAUAUGGACCAACCAUACGGGCGCUGUAGGCUGCCAAGUUGAUUAGUGGCAUUCAACGAUGGCGGCAGGGUGGCAACCGACAAAUCGCAUCGAAACAAAUGCCCGCA